GUAAUGGCCACACAAAUUACCGUUGUCAUGGAAACAAGAUAUUUAUAUUUUCUUGCUUCGGAUAUUUUAUUUAGUGUUUGGACGUGACUUUUGUAAUAUUUAAUCAAAUGAAAGAUAGGAAGUUAAUUCAAUUAUUCAUAGACAUAUUUUCGUGCAAAUAAAUUUCCCAUUAUAAUAAUAAUCAAAUAAUGUAAUGUAAAAAAACCUGAUAUGAGAUAAAUUCUAGAAUGAUUUUUCAUUUCUCACUUUUACUUGUCUUGUUUUCGAAGAUCUAAAGUUUUACAUUGAUGUCACUUUUCAAAGCAUGUGAUUGGUGGUCCACAAUAUGUGGAGCUGAUGAAGAGUUUGAUAGAGGCUCUUUGGCCAUUGCUAAUAUUGACAACAGCACAGAAAAAUCAGACAAAAUUAUUACCGGAAGUCUCAGUGGUAUCCUAAGAAUAUAUAUACCUCAACCUAUAAAGCAGGAAGAUGGAAGUUACUCUUCAUUCCGAGCAGAUGAUUUACUUCUGGAAGCACAGCUUAAAGCUCCUAUUAUACAAGUUGCUGCUGGAAUCUUAUCAUCGACUUCCUCUUCUCUUCAGUUAGCUGUUCUACACCCUUACAAGUUAUCUGUAUUUUCAAUUUCUGCUGUACAAGGAAGUGUGGAGCAUGGGACCCAGAGUAAAUUAUCUCUCAUAUAUGAACACAAUCUACAAAGGCAUGCAUUUUCCCUUACCAUUGGACGUUUUGGUGGGAUUCAAGGAAAAGACAUGAUAUGCAUUUACUGCUUAGAUGGGACUCUUUGUUUUUUUGAACAAGAAAGAUUUUCAUUCAGUCGAUAUCUUCCUAAUAGUUUAUUACCCGGACCAACCAGUUACAUACUCAAAACAGAUUCUUUUAUUACAGUAAAUGGAUUUUCUGUUGAAAGUUACAGAUUCCAGGCAUUAGCUUCUGCAACAGAUGACUCAAAUGAAAAUGAGUCCUCUGGAUUCAAAGGAAAAAAAGUCAAACCUGAAUGGACCUAUGUUUUGGAAGAUACUGCAUUAGACAUUGCUGUAGUUGAAGACAAGGCAUCUUCUUGUCUGUUAAUUUUAGUUCCAAUUUAUUUAUUAAAGCCUUUAUUAAUUAUGUUUUCAGAGCAUCAUGGAUAUUUGUUGAUUCUUAUUGUUACAUCCAAUCAAACACUUUUGGUUUAUCAUGAAACUCAAUUAAAAUGGGCUGUUCAAUUGAUGUUUCCCCCCGUUAGUAUAAAUCGAGCAUUUUUCACAGAUAUCAAAGGAAUUUUAACGAUGAUAUCUGAACAAGGCAACUUGAGCUGUUGCUAUCUUGGAACUGAACCUUCACUGUUUGUAUCACCUUUAUCAGAGCCGAAAGAAAUAGAUUUUAAAGAAGCAGAAGAAGAAAUGAAUAGGUUGAAAAGAAUUAUAAAAUCAUCAAAUCAAAAUUUACUUGGCACUCAAAAGCUUGGAAACGAAAUUUCAUUGUCAAUUAAUGUAUCUAAUCUUCUAAAUAAUGGUGAGACUUCAGAAAUUGGAGAUAUUGAAGGGAAUUCACAUUCUCCUUUCCCAUCUGUGCCUGUAAAAAUUAAUCUGAAAUGUCGAACUGUUGUCCAUGAUGUUCGGUUAAUGAUUCAUGUUCAACUACCUUUGAAAGUCUCCCAGAAUGUAUUUGUAUUUGGAUCUGUGAUAGAGGGCUCAAGUGCUGUAGUUGUAGUAUCAUUACAAUCUCCAUACCCUCCUCCAAGUUUGAAAAUCACAGCUCAUGCAGUAUUUACAAACAGCUAUGGAGCCCCAAGAGUGAUUGAUGCAGCAGCUUUAUUACCCUUUUGUGUAGUAGCAAAACCUUGCCCGCCUGUGAAAGAGGCAGAUUUGAAAAUCACCAUUGAUAUCAAUAAAAAACCUCUGCUUUUAACUGAACUUUUUCCUGAUUUAAAUUUUGAUAAUGCAUCAUAUCCUGGAGGUGCUUUGGGGAUUGAGUUUUUUUCUGGAUCAAUAGUUUCUAUUUUGCCUUCCAAAAAUGCUCAACGUUAUAGAUUGCAAAGUGAUCAACUUCCCGUCCUGUGGCUUGCUGUUGCUGAACUUGUGCGAAGACUGCAGCACAAGUAUCGGAAGGAAGCUGAUAACUCUAAACUGCAAUGUAGUUUUACGUCCGUUCUUCCACUCCAGGAAUAUUUCAAAGUUAUUGAAGAUAACUUUACAAAUCGUCAAGUUAUUCAUGAAGUGGAAGACAUUAUUGCUCAUAGAUCUUUGCAAUUUCGUGUUGUACAGAAGAGGUUGCUGACAAAACUGAAAGAUAGUACUCCUACACCUUUGAACAAUUUGGAUACACUUUUAGAAGCCACCCAUAGACAGAUUAUGUCAAUAACUGAGACUAUGGAUAAUCACAUGAAGGCGUUAGAGGCUAGUUCUUGUGCUCUGAGCUGUUCUACUAACCUUAUUCUACUUCUAGUAAAGUUGUCAGUUGAUAUAAAAGAGGAUCAAUUUAAGUUUCUUUCUGCUUGCUUUUCACCUCAGGUUGAUUUGGAUUCACACCAGGGAUGGGAAGAAAAAGUGAAUGUGUCACUCAUAUAUCUCCUGAAAAAUUGCUUAGGUAAAGGUAGUAAUGAAACGAAAUUUCCCGAUGCUCAUUUAGAGCCUCUUAAAGAUGUAUCAAAGUUAAAGAAACAUAUCACAAUGGUUUUGGAUAAAAUUAUGAAAAACAUUGAGUUGAAUUUGGGAGAGUCAUAUGUUGAUGUAUCACAGUAUAAUGCUAAUGAAAGUGAUGAUAUGACUUUGCCUGAAGGAAUGAGAUAUGUUGAUAACACCCAUGAUCGCCCCGUUUCCGCUUCUGCCAAAUCUAUGUCUGAAGAUGUUUCAAAUGGUAAUGUAGAUGAAACUGAUUAUCAGUUACCGAAUGAAGACUAUGCCACUACGUUUGAUGAACUGGAUGACAAUGAAGAAAUGAUCAUAUGACAUCUGAACUUGCAAAUUUGUUUAUUUAUGAUCUCAAACAUGUUAGUGAUUUUAAUUUCAUUAUAUGUUUACUAUGCUGUGGUAUUUGAAAGAAAUAAGUUUAUAAAUUUCACAAUUUUUAUUUUAGAUGUAAAAAUCACAUAAAAAAACUAAAAAUAUUUAUUUUGUCAGAAUUAAUGGUUGCUUUGAAUAGAAUAUACUAGAAAAUAAAUGCAUAAAUUGUUAAUUGAUUGCUGAAAAUAUACAGCUAGAUAUAAAUAAUAUAUUCGUGAAAUCAAAUUUGGUAUUGAUUAUUUUGCUAUUUUCUUUGCAUUUAGUUGUAUAAUUCACUGAUAUCAUUUCCAUUCUGUUUCAUUGUAUCAUCGAAGUUAAACUUACAUGUAUUCUUAAAAAAAUAAUCUCAAAAGUCUGUCAAUUUACACUAUAAAUUUGAAAUUAACAUCUUGUUUCAUCUGGAAAGAGGAGGUAGGAACUUUAGCUAAUAUUUUUAGUGUUUCUAUAUGACAACCGUAACUAUGAUGAAUGUUUGUUGUGAUAAUGAAUAAUGAGUGAAUGAACGAAGCAAAUGAGUGAAUGAAAUGCAUGAAGGAAGAAAAAUACUAUGAUAAAUAAAAAAUAUAACUAACAUUGAUUUUGGUGUCUUAAAAUUCAAAAGUAAUUAUCUUAUUGUGUAAUUUAAUAUUUUCAAGCAAAGACAAGUACGUAUGACAACCGUGACUGUAAAGAGUAUUCAGGAUAAAAAUUAAUAAAAGUGAGUGAAUCAAUGAUUGAAUAGUAUGCAAGAAAAAAGAAAGAUUCUAUGAUAAAUAAAAAUUACUCUUAACAUUGGUUUUAGUGUCUUUAAAAUUAAAAAACACAAAUUUAAUUGCAUAAUUUAAUAUGUUUCAGCAAUGAAUAGCAUGUCUGUAUAACAAUGAAUGUUUGUUAUGAAAAUGAAAAUUAUACAGGAAGCCAGUGAAUGAAUGAAUGCGAUGCAAGACAAUAUGAUAAAUGAAACAAUAUAAUUCGUUUCAGCAUCUUAGAAUUAAAAAGUAUUUAUUUUAUUUUGUAAUCUAAUAUUUUGCAACAAUGAGUUGUAUGUCUGUAUGGCAAUCAUGAUUGUGAGGAAUAUUCAUUUUUAAAGUGAAUAUUCAUAUAAAGAGUGAGUGAAUGAAUAAAUUGAAUAGAAUGUAGGAUACAAGGAAGAGUUUUUGAUAAAUAAAAAUUAUAAUUGACAUUAUGUUUAGUUAUCUUUGAAAUUAAAAAUCGCUUAUUUUAUUGUAUAAUUUAAUAUGUUUCAGUGAUGAAUAGCAUGCCCAUAUUGCAACUAUGACCGUUAUGAAUAUUCAUUGUAAAAAUGAAUUAUACUCUUGAGAGUGAGUGAAUGAAUGAUUGAAUAGAAUGCAGGAUGAAAGGAAGAUACUAUGAUAAUUAUUAUUGGCCUCAAAUUUAGUGUCUUUAAAAUCAAGAAGCGUUAAUUUUAUUGCAUAAUUUAAUAUUUUUCAGCAAUGAAUAGCAUGUCUGCAUUGCAACCGUGACUAUGAUGAAUGUUCUUAGUGAAAAUAAAUAAUGAUAUGGAUAGUGAGUGGAUGAAUGGAUUGCAGGGAGGAAGGCUAUUAGUGAAUGAGCAAAUCAAUUUAUUAACAAAUAAAAAUUUUAACCUAUAUUUUGUAGUACUGUGGACAAUGACAAUUAUUUUCUUAUUUUUUUUAAUGUUGAAAUAUUUAUUUUUUAAUGAGGGCAAACUAUUUUUACCAAGAAAAAUAAAAGAUUUUAUCGAUAGAGGAAAUAGCUACUACCCUGAAAAAUAUGCUGCUUUUUUUUCUUAUUUUCACCUUUUUGCAAAAACAAUCUUUAGCUCAGUACUAAACUUAUGCGCUAUAUUUUCUGCACUUAAAGCUAAUUUGGUAAUGUUUGUAACUUAGUAAAAAAAAUCUUUCCAUUAAAAUAAGUAUUUGUUCUUUUUAUCUCUUAAAAUAAAUGUUUUUAGGUAUCAAUCUAAAUAUGUUAUUUGGUUGAUUUUUGAAAAUUGUCCUCAAAUUCUUUUUACCUACUGCUUUCUGUCUAUAUUUGCUUCUACUUAUUUAGUAUGAAUAAUUUAAUGAUUGAUUACAUUGAGAAACAAAAUUUUUUCUCUCAUUUAUACAAAUACUUAAUCUUGCCUAAUUCGGAUGUAUGGAUUUCAAAUCUGAAAUUAGUUUUGCUCCUCAAGCUAUUUCUUUUUUUUUACACGACAUUUUUAGUCUAUUUUUUGUCGAAAUGUACAAGUUUAAUAAUGUUAUACUCAAGUGGGGGUGGCGAAAAUGUUGACAAACUUCUGGGGAAGUUAGGGCUUAUCUUCAGAAUUAAAAUUGCUUAGGAACCUAUGCCCAUAAAUGUCGUCAUGCGCGUUUUGGGGAUCUUACCUAUUAUGAACUCUUAAGAAUCUAAUGUAGAAACAGUCCAUUAUAAAGCACCCCUAGAACUGUAUGAUGACUUUCUCCUUAACUGUCUUGAUAUAAUUUAUGCGAAAAUUUACUUGCAAAGUAAUGUUUAUUCCUUAAAUAACAUUGUGAAAAACUAGUUUAAAAAUGAGUAAAAGUAACCAGGUUCACAAUAUAUAACGGAAAAGUAACCAGGUUCACGAUAUGAAACGGAAAUUGACGAAAUGUUGAACUAAUUCAGUGUUUCUGAUUUGUUUCAUAAAUUAAUAUUUUUACCAAAAAAUUGAUUACCCACAAUUAAAAGUUUGCAUAAUCCGUCCCAAAAUUUAUUACGAUGCGUAUGGAAGGAAAAAUAUUUUAUUAUUAAGAAUUUUUUUCUAAAAGAAAUUGAUUUUUGUAUGCAUAUAUUGCGUAGAUAGGAUUUAUCGCAUGUUAUAAAAAGGAAAUUAACAAAAUAGUAAAAUAAUUCAGUGUUCUAAGUUUUUUCUAAUAAAUUAAUAUUUUUACAAAAAAAAUUGAUUCCAUCCAAUUAGUAGUUGUACAAUCCGUCCCGAAAUUUAUGACAAUACACUUUAUUAUCGAAGAAAUGUAUUUUAUUAUUAAGAAAAUAGCAUUUAAAAAUUGGCUAUGUUGAUUUAUAUAUAAAUAUAUUGCUAUUUUUAUAGUUAAAGAAUGAAUAAAUUUUUCUACGUAUUCUUUAUCCAGACAUUUGUUUAAAACUUUUAUGUGUUUUUUUUCUGUUUCUUUUGGAUGUUAUUAAUUUUGCAAAGUUUUUAUUUAUGUACUUUUUUUUAAGAAAGAGCUAUCAAUUUUUGUUUUUACACAUAGAUUUUUGUUUUAUGAAACUUCUUUUUCAUUUUACAUUUAUUAUAUUUUAUUGUACAUACUUUUUUGAAUUCUCUUUCUUUCUUUAUGUUUAUACAUUUUCAAAAUAAUUUUUUCAACAAUUAAUGUAUUGUGUGUUGAUUGAAUAAAUCUAGUCUUGAAAUAA